AAGGUUGUACAAAAAUAGUUGAUGUUCAUCCAUCCAUUGCAGAGCUUAAGAGGCUUCAAAAUUUGAAUUUGAGAGGCUGCAAAAGUCUUAGGAAUCUUCCAACCAAAAUUGGAAUGGAAUCUCUUCAAACAUUCAUUCUUUCGGGUUGUUCAAAUCUUUUUUGGUUUCCAGAGAUUGAUUGCAAAAUGGAUUGUCUAAAAACGCUUGAUCUUUCCGGAUGUUAUAGAGUUGGAUUUUUGCCAGAGAGUUUGCAGCUAGCUGAGUUUUUGGAAGAGCUUGACUUGAGUGAAACGGCCAUAACAAAACCACCGUCCUUCAUUUUUCGACUUAAAAAUCUUAAAUUUUUGUCUUUCAAUGGGUGCAAGGGAUCUUCAUCUAAGUUUCGACAAAAUCUGCCUUCUCUCUUCAAAAAAUUCCAAAGAGGAAAGACAAAUUCAAUGGCUCUGAUGUUGCCUUCGUUGUCGGGUUUGAGUUCAUUGACAAAGCUGAAACUAAGGGACUGCAAUCUUUGUGAAGGAGAUAUUCCUACUGAUAUUUCUUGUCUAUCCUCUUUGGUAAUCCUCAAUCUCAGCAGUAACAAUUUCAUCAGCCUACCUGAUUCUCUUACUCGACUUUCCAAGCUUAAAAAUCUUCAAUUGAUGAAUUGUCGGCGGCUGAAAUAUUUACCUGAGCUUCCAACAAGUACAAUAUCUGUGAGCAUAGAUGAUUGUGCUUCUCUGGAACUAAUUGCUUAUCUACCAAAAGUAGGCAAUUCAAGGGAUGGGGUGCAUAUUAUAGGUACCAACUGCUACAGAUUGGCUGAGAACAUCAAUGCAUUAACAUUGCUGAAAAAACAUCUCAAGGUAUUUGCACAUUCAAGAGAAAAAUUCGAUAUUAUUAUACCUGGAAGUGAAAUCCCGGAAUGGUUCAGCCAUCAAAGAGUCGACUCUUCAAUCAAGUUGCCACUGCCUCUCAAUAUUCGGAAUGAUAGUCAAUGGAUGGGAGUUGCUCUCUGCUGCAAUUUUGCCGGUGGUGAUUCUUCGGGGGAUGAGGAAAUCUGGUGUAAUGCUGUUAUCCAUUGUGGAGAACCUCGACGUCUUGGUGAGGUUCCCAUUCAUUUAGGGAAAAGUUUUAAUCAGCCCAUAAAAAAUGACCACCUUUUUCUUCGUUACUGGGGGCGUGAAGUGUUAUAUCCAUAUUCCUUGGAGAAUGAAUGUGGUGAAAGUGAAACCGAGAAUACAUCAACACCGGAUUGCUCAAAUCAGGAAUGCGAUGAACUUGAAUUGUCAUUCGAUUAUGAUGCUCGUGGCAAAGGUGUUGGGGUGAAGAAAUGUGGGGUUGGGAUAGUGUACGAGAAAGAUUUGGAAGAUGUCCAACUUACAACAGAGAAACACAUGAAUCAAAGUAGGGCACAAAUUGAAUGAAGACUCCACUGUUGAUGGACACAGAGACAGACAUGCUGAGAACC